AAAGUACUCAGCAUCUGAACCAUUCAACAGCAAGCAACCACUUGCUUGAUACAGCGGAACAAGACCGAACUACAACCCAUACCCUUGAUAUCAAGAAACCAUCCAACAAUACAAACAAAAUGACGACCGCCGCAGCGCUACCGACACCUGCGCACCAACUCUCAACUCCUCAACCUACCCAGAAUGCCGCAACCCCGUCCGAUGUAAACUUCCAAGGUCUACCAAUCCCACGAGGUCCCGUGACAGCAAAGCUAUCAUUCUACACAGCCCCCGAAGACGGCUCACCACCCCACAACUACGUCGAGCCACUCCCGGGUGUUCCACAGCGAAACUGGGGCGACAACUGGACCGAAGUCCAAAUCCAAGACCUGCGAGGCAAAGAGCAAAACUUCACCCUGGACACCAACGCCUUCGACACCUACCAGAACGUUAAAAGUCGGCUGAGCCGCGACGACUUCGCCGACGAUGACGCCAUAAAACGAGUGUACUACCCAGAAGUCGAAGAGCUACUCCUCAAGAACGUGCCAGGCGCACAGCGCGUCCUCCUCUUCGACCACACCAUCCGCAGACCCACGGGCAACCGCAACCCCGUGCAGCGCGUGCACAUUGACCAGACGCCGUUUUCCGCCGCCGAGCGCGUAAAGCUGCAUUUGCCCGACGAAGCAGACACGCUGCUGCAAGGGCGCUACCGCAUCAUCAAUGUGUGGCGCCCGCUCAACGGGCCCGUCAUGGGCAGCCCGCUCGCAGUCGCAGAUAGCCAGACGGUCAGAGACGCCGAUCUGGUACCCGUUGAGCACAGGUAUCCCGAUCGAAAUGGCCAGACGGCCGCGGUUGCGUUCCACCCCGCCCAAAAGUGGUAUUACUGGUCCGGCAUGACGAAUGAAGAGCGCUUGCUGCUCAAGUGCUUUGAUAGCGAUGAGACGGUUGGGCAGUGGGGCCGCGUGCCGCAUUCUGCCUUUGUGGAUCCCAGGACACCUGAAGGCGCUGUGGGAAGGGAGAGCAUUGAGGUUAGGGCGUUGGUAUUUGGUUGAAGGGUUUUUUUUUUUACAAACUGCAUGUUACGACAGAUUGUCUCGUUUUCUUCUCUCUUUCCUUCUUCUUCUUCUUUCUGCUUGCAUAAUGAGUAGCGUUAUUUCAUUUCACUUAUCUGUAUUUCUAUCAUCUCCUAGACUUCUUAGCUAGUACAAGAAAGCAUUCAACCUCAAAUUUGG